AUGUCAACCAUGGGCUCUGCCACCGUCCACCCCGAGACCCACGUCGGUUUCGACAGCAUCACCUCGCAGAUUGAGCGCAAGCUGCUCAAGCGCGGCUUCCAGUUCAAUGUCAUCUGUGUUGGCCAAACCGGCCUCGGCAAGUCGACCCUCAUCAACACCAUCUUCGCUUCCCACCUCAUCGACUCCAAGGGUCGUCUGCAACCCGACGAGACGGUCCGAUCCACCACCGAGAUCCAGUCCGUUUCCCACAUCAUCGAGGAGAAUGGCGUCCGUCUCCGCCUCAACAUUGUCGAUACCCCCGGCUACGGCGACAUGAUCAACAACGACCGCUGCUGGGACCCCAUCGUCAAGUACAUCAAGGACCAGCACUCUGCCUACCUCCGCAAGGAACUCACUGCCCAGCGUGAGCGCUACAUCCAGGACACCCGCAUCCACUGCUGCCUCUUCUUCAUCCAGCCCUCGGGCCACUCGCUGAAGCCUAUCGACAUUGUCGUCCUCAAGAAGCUGUCGGAUGUCGUCAACGUGGUGCCCGUGAUUGCCAAGUCGGACUCCCUUACGCUGGAAGAACGCCAGGCCUUCAAGGAGCGCAUCAAGGAGGAGUUUGCCUUCCACAACCUCAAGAUGUACCCCUACGACAACGACGAGCUUGACGAGGAGGAGCGCUCGCUGAACCAGCAAAUCAAGAGCCUCAUCCCCUUCGCCGUCGUCGGUUCCGAAAAGAGCAUCAUUGUCAACGGCAAGCAGGUCCGUGGCCGCCAGAACCGCUGGGGCGUCAUCAACGUCGAGGACGAGAACCACUGCGAAUUUAUCUACCUCCGAAACUUCCUCCUCCGCACCCACCUCCAGGACCUCAUCGAGACCACAUCCCAGAUCCACUACGAAACCUUCCGUGCCAAGCAGCUAUUGGCCCUCAAGGAAAGCAGUGCGCAGGGACACGGCAGCAGGCCAAUCAGCCCGGCUGCGGAUCGCGAGAUGAGCCGCAACUCUCAGCGCAUGACCAUGAACGGCUACUAG